AUGAAGAUUGCCCUGGGAGUUCUGGGAAGCCUCGCUCUUUUGUACUCCCUGGUUAAGACUGCUGGUUGGAAAAGACGAGAAGGAUCUCCUGGGAUUGACCUGCAGACUAUUGUAAAAUUUUUGCUCUUCUAUGCUGGAGACUUAGCAAAUGUUUUUUUUGCUGUGACUGUUGGAAUUGGAGUUUACUGGCUUAUUUUUUUCAAAGCCCCAUCAGCUGUUACCAUUCGUUUACCUACUCCUGAGAAAGAAUAUAAUUUUAUUACAUAUGUUUCAUGUGCCUUUGCACUAAAGGUAAUCCAUCUUCUGCACAAACUUGCGUCACAGUUAUCCAUAGAUAUUUUUUUUAUUGACUGGGAAAGGCCCAGAGGAAGAGGCUAUAGAACUUUACAAGUUGGAACUGAACCUAAAAGUACAAUGUCCCCUGUUAGCAUUUGGAGAACCUACUUUGUUGCAAAUGAGUGGAAUGAAAUCCAGACCUUACGGAAGACAUGUCCAGCGUUUCAGAUCAUGGCAGUGCUUUUUUUUCUUGAAGUGGUUCAUUUUGAAGAUUUGGCCACAGUUAAUGCAUCUCAUGUUCCUAUUGUGAAACGUGAAAUUCCAUGGCAUCAGAUUCUCCGAUAUAGUAUUGCCUGCACGACAUGGCUAACUAUUGGCUUUUUACAGAUAUUCUUUUUUGCCUCACUCUACGAAAGAUUUGUUAAGGAUAAAAUAAAACAGUUUGUGGACCUGUGCUCUGUGAGCAAUAUAUCCGUGUUAAUUUUAUCCAGCCGAUGCUUUGGAUAUUAUAUUCAUGGGCGAUCAGUUCAUGGCUAUGCAGACACCAACAUGGAAGAAAUGAGCUUAAACCUGAAAAGAGAGGCGGAAAAUCUUUGUGGCCAGAGAGGACUGCAACCAAACACUGAUACUCAGACUUUCCAGAUUUUGAUAACAAAUAAAAUGAGGCAGCAAUAUGAUAGAAUACAUGAACCACUGAUUAAAAAGAAAGUACCAUCUCACUUACUGGAUUCAUCAGUCAAUCCAGUUGAGCAAAGCAUCAAAGCCUAUCACACUAUGAACAAGUUUCUGAGUGCCUUCAUUGACCAUGCUAACCGAGAAACAGAUUACAUUAUAAAGGAUAAACUGUUGGUGGAAAAAAUCAUUAGUAUGGAGUUUCUGGAGCCAAUGGAAAAAAGCAUCUUUUAUAACGAUGAUGCUUACUCCUUUACUGACGUGCUGUACUAUGGCAAUGAAGCUUCACUACUUAUAUUUGACACACUGUUUUUCUGCAUUGUGGAUAUUGCCAGUGAAAGUUAUGUUUUGGCUGCAGUUCUAACUUACUUCCAGCAAAGGUUCUUUAAGAUGAUUCGCAGCAUCGCUGGAAGAAAAAACUUGGUUGCAAAAACCAUGGUGGAUGAUAGAUUCCUUCUAUAA